AUGGACUUAGUUUAUCGCGCAACUUGCAGAACCCAACUGACCAAACUCUGCAAUGCGGCAGAAGGCCAAUUAAGGGCUGCUGCAGAAGGUGAAGUCGAUAAUUUGGUGGACGCCCUUAAUAAUUAUCUUGAGCGUAUAAAAAACGUUCACGAAAAAUUAAAAAGGGUAGAUGAAGCGACAUUAGCAGUCCUUGGCGAUGACGAAAAAGAAAGGGAGCUGGAAACGGUAUUUGAGUAUGACGACAAAGCUGUAAGCAUUAUAGCGAAACUGGAAUUUAAAUUACAGCGUUUGUCAGCAGCGGAUUCUCGAAAGAUCCAAGAAUCGGCCAAUGGCGGUGAGCAUGCCGAUUAUCGAGGAGCAAAACUAAAGCCGAUGGAGCUCAAGAAAUUUGAUGGAAAAUUGGAAAACUGGUUACUCUUCUGGGAACAAUAUAAGCACGCUAUACACGAAAAUCCAAAAUUGGACGUAGCCUCGAAAUUUAACUACUUAUGCGAAGCCCUCGUAGGUAAGGCAGCAUCGACUAUAGCGGGAUUUAUGCCAACGGAGAAUUGCUACAAAGAUGCAAUUCAACUUCUGCUUGAAGAAUACGGCGACAAAGACAAAAUGAUCGAGAAGUAUAUACAAAAGAUUCUGAGCGUAAAAAUGGUACAUUCAGCGAGUGAUGUGAAAGGUUUGCGGUUCUUGUAUAAUGAAACAACAUCCACAAUGAGAUCGCUCACUGCAUUGGAAGUUCCCUCGUCGCAGUACAACAUAAUGGUAAACUCCGUUCUUCUGAAAGCUAUACCUGCGGAGUUGCGCAUUGAGUUUCAUAAAUCAAAAGGGAGAGCCUCAAAUAAGCUUUUGAACUCUACAGUUAUCGACAAAGAGCAAGAGAGUGCCGUUGAUAGUGAGCAAAUAACAAAGUUGCUGGAGUUUAUAAAACUGGAAGUUGAAGCGCUGGAAAAAGCCAGAAGCAGAAAACAAAAGGAGCGACGCAGAGCGUAA